AUGGCGGACAUUCCUAGAUACAAUGCUGGCGCGUCAAGCCAUGGCGUAAAGCCCACCGACGUGAAAUUGGGCCAUGCGCUUGACGGUUCUGACCCCGAUGUGGAGAGGGCGCAUUCCGAAGAAGUCCGGGCCCAGGCCGUGACUACAUCGCGAAUGCAGAAAAUACUCCUGUUCUCUGCACUCGGACUCGUUUCGUUUGUUGUUUUCCUAGACAACAGUACAUCAGCUACAUACCAACAAUACGCGGCGUCUGAAUUCAAUGGAUACUCGCUGUACGGUACCCUCUCCGCAUCCUCGAUAAUAGUCUGCCUGGUGGUCCAGACACCUCUGACCAAGAUGAGCGAUAUUUUGGGGUUGGGGUGGCCGUUUGCCAUGUGCACACUGUGCAUCACAAUCGCCUACGCCGUGCUUGCUGCAUCAAGGUCCAUCGGUAUGCUGGCUGCUGGCUUGGUCUUGAGCUCGGUGGGCACAUUUGGCUUGCUCGUACUGGGACAACUUGUCAUGUCCCACUACACGAGCACCAGAUCCCGAACUCUGGGCAUCGCCAUGUUCUAUCUUCCCAACAUAAUUACGCCGUUCAUCUCGUCUCAACUUGCCGAGCGUGUUUUGACCGACCUCACCUGGCGAUGGGGCUUUGGUAUUUUCGACAUUCUAUACCCCACGUCCGGGGUUUGCUUGAUAGCCACUCUGUUCUACCUGGAGCACAGGAAAAGGAGCUCUCAAGCUGGGACACAUAAAACCUUGGGGCUUGUUGAAUUUCUCUCUCAGAUUGACAUUGUUGGCAAUGUGCUCAUCAUUGCUGGCUUUGGCCUUACGCUUUUGCCCAUCACUCUGGCUGGCACGGGGCUCGCCACAUUCCAAACACACUUCAUCAUUGCCAUGCUUGUGGUCGGUGGCAUCUCCCUACUUGCUCUGUUUGGAUGGGAAAACUGGAUCGCGGCCCAUCCUAUUCUAGCACCAUCAUUUUUCCGCAAUAAGACGAUUGCUCUUGUUGCCGUGAUCGGUGCUCUGGAUUAUUUUGCCGUCAAUAUAUCUCACACCUACUUGUAUUCUUGGGGUAUAACAGCGCGGAACAUGGACAUUAGCCAGGCGAACCUUCUUCUCUUCCUGCAAAAUGUCGUUCAAUGUGGCACCAUGAUAAUUGUUGGUCUGGUCGUCUUUAAAAUCAAGCAAUACAAGUGGAUUGUUGUCGGCGGAUGCAUCAUUCGGACGAUCGGCUACGGCGUCAUGGUACGGCUACGUGGUGCUGAUAAUAGUCUUGGCGAGAUUUUCGGUGUCCAAGUCAUUCAAGGAGUCGGCUCUGGAGUCAUGGAAGCGCUUCUUCUUCCCGCCGUCCAGUUUGUGGUUCCGCGAUCUCAACUAGGACAAGUGACUGGUGUAGUGCAGCUUUUCCGCUUCACCGGGGCAGCCAUUGGUAUUACCGUCGCCGGCGCCAUAUACAACAAUGUUUUUGAGUCGGCCUUGUGGAAGUAUAUGCCCGCAGGCACAAACGAGGCUUAUGUGGAAGGAAUCUACAGCUCUCUCCUGGGUGUGGUUCCAGAAUGGGGCACUGCUGAGCGCUUAGCCAUUAGUGAGGCGUACGGCGAUGUCAUGAGGUACAUGGUGAUUGCUGCAGUGGCAACCUCGCUGCCAAUGUUUGCACUUUGCUUCCUCUUACCCAAUACCAAGCUCUCCGAUGAGCGUAUUCUUGUAGUGGCGGAGGAAACACAUGAGGAGAAAUCAGGAACCAUCCCUUUGUGA